CAGCUGUCAGCUGGCAUGCUGGGUGGGGCCUGGUUAGCCUGCAGGGACACAAGUCUGGGGACACUGAACUGUGUCCCUGCCCCAAGUCUUUUCAGCCCCACUGGCCACACGGCUCGGAUCUCCCCCUGCAGUCCCCCAGCUCCAAGAUGAUGGCCGAAGAGCACACAGACCUGGAGGCCCAGAUUGUCAAGGACAUCCACUGCAAGGAGAUCGACCUGGUGAACCGAGACCCUAAGAACAUUAACGAGGACAUCGUGAAGGUGGAUUUUGAAGACGUGAUUGCAGAACCCGUGGGCACCUACAGUUUUGACGGCGUGUGGAAGGUGAGCUACACCACCUUCACGGUCUCCAAGUACUGGUGCUACCGCCUGCUGUCCACGCUGCUGGGGGUCCCGCUGGCCCUGCUCUGGGGCUUCCUGUUCGCCUGCAUCUCCUUCUGCCACAUCUGGGCGGUGGUGCCGUGCAUUAAGAGUUACCUGAUCGAGAUCCAGUGCAUCAGUCACAUCUACUCCCUCUGCAUCCGUACCUUCUGCAACCCUCUCUUUGCUGCCCUGGGCCAGAUCUGCAGCAACAUCAAGGUCAUGCUGCGGAAGGAAGUGUAAAGCCAGGUGGGGGCGGUGGGGGUGACAGGGCAGGGGGAGUUAGUCCAGGCUGGCCCCCUGGCUCUGCUCCAUGGGCCUGCCGAUGAGCGCUUUCUCUUUACGGACUGCUAUUUCCCCCCAAGAUGGAAAGAAAAGACAGCCCAGCCACGCAAGCAGUCUGCCCCUGACCUCACCUCGAUGCCCCUGUGACCAGGCAGGAGGAAAGAGAAUUUGCUAAGAGGCAGCUACCGCAAAUCUUUGCAUUCACCUGUACUGUAACAGCACAAACCAGCACUCAGUUCCCACCCGCGGUCAACCUGUCCGUGCAUGCCGCCCGGGAAAGCUACCAGUGACUCUUGGCAUUAGGAGGGUGGCUCCAAUAAAGGGGUUCGGCUGCA